AUGGUUGGUGACAACGUGGAAUUAAGAGUGUCCGUAUCUCUGCUAACCUCGCCAGACACGUUCAUCCGGUAUUUGGAUAGUAUGAAGGGCCGCCCCCUCGUUGCUCUUCUGCUGGCUUGCGCAACGGCCAUGUACGAAACCAAUGGGGAGGAUCUGGGAUCCUCCUAUACCUCCUUGUCAAAUUGGUGGCGGCCUGUAUCGGCUUCGUUCGCCUCGCGGAAUCUCACCACCCCGAACACGACAAACCGCACCACCCAGCCUUUCGUAGGCAAGAUCGCCUUUUCAAGCAACCUCUUGAAGAUUCGGGAAGGGCGGACAUGGGACGCGUCGUCAGUCCCACCUUUCAUGGGCCCAGAAAGUUACAAGGUCAUCAAGAUUCCACACCGCUAUGUUGCUCUGAAACCGUGGGGUACCAGGGUCUUUCCUUCCAUACAGGCUUACGAGGAUCGCGUCUGGUCGGCUGCGCCUACUCGGGUCUAUGGGGAACUACCUUUGGUCGUCGAGACCUCGACGUCGCUUUCGCUGUGGUUUUCUACGCUUUGUAUCUCGCCUCUCUUCGCUGUUCGCCUGUGGACACUCAAGGAACUUUUGGGAGCCGCCAAGAGUUCGGUUGGUGUUUUCAUUGGGGUGUUAUCUGUCGCGAGGCCAUUUGCGUUGGUCUUCCUGCGGUGGCUUGUGUUUAUAGUCCUCGAAGGACUAGAGCGGGGUCUUCGGGUAUCCGAAAUUUGCUUGACGGCUUUCUACUCUUGUAUAGAGACAUGGAUCCAGCUCUACCAGCUAGGUCUCGACAAGAAAAGGAUGAAGAAAGCCGAUCGGCUUCGGGAGGAGUGCAUACAACGCAAGCGCCCCUUCGUACGCACUCGCAGACCCGCCCAGCACCAGCAGCCUGCUCUCAAAGAGACGCCUCUCUUUAGCUUGGACUCCUCGGAGAUGCCAAAGUGCAAGUACCUUCCUGAAGAGAUCCAAAUGGCUCUUGCUUCGCCCAGUUUACACCCGCUUCGAGACAUGUACGACCCACUUAUGUUGAGACUUGUCCAGCAGAUAGGCGCUGGCGCGUUCGGAUGUGUCAUGCAAGUCGAGCAUCGUCCUACAGGUAGGGCGAUGGCGCUGAAGAAGCUGGUCGGACGAGACAACUCGGAGGAGGAUUUCGAAUCUGAGGUUAGAGCUAUGGUGCGCCUACAGGGCGGGGCGUGGUAUCCGGAGCUCUAUGGAUCGUUUAGGGAUGUGGAUUCUUUUUAUAUCUUGAUGCCUUUUUAUCCGAAGGGCGAUUUGUAUGAAGUCAUUCUGGCAAUCCAAGGCUUGCAUCAGAGAGGAAUUAUCCAUCGCGACCUCAAGCCCGAGAACAUAUUGUUCAAAGAAGAUGGCCACCUCGUCGUCGCUGACUUUGGGAUCGCAUAUGUGUUCGAGCACGAAGAAGACGAGUUUCUGGAAGACGAAUUCCCUCUUUGGGCGGAAAAGAAGGCUCAAGGCGGCGACGACUUCCCUUUCCUGACUCCCAGCGUCGAUAACCCUCACACGACUUUGGGCACCUAUGGUACUCCUUUCUAUGCGGCGCCAGAAGUCCUUCGGGGCCUCGAGUAUAGCUAUGGAGUGGAUUAUUAUUCAGUAGCUAUUAUUUACCAUGAAAUGAUCACCGGCUAUGUUCCUCUGUUGGUUGGUUCGAUUAAACCUGGAUCGGGUCAACCUGAAGUAGAGGUCAACCUUGGCAGGCAAUAUAUUCACUUACAAACGGUCUCCGCUGCAGAACGUGACUUCCUGGAGAAGAUGUUGCACGAAGAUCCGUUCGCUCGCUUAUCGGUCAGACAGAUUAAAUCGCAUCCUAUCUUCAGCGGCCUGGACUGGUCCGGGAUGGCGAAAUUAGCAGGGCCUAUUCCUCGUCCUCCAGCACUUCGAAAGAGAGUGGCCCUUGGUCAUUCUACUCUAUGCUCCGACUUGGCAGACGAUUAA